GCGAUGGCUAACGUCUUUGUCAGAUCUUAUAUCGUUUUAGUCGUGUGUGUCACUGUUCAUGCAUGUCUACGAUUCGAUCGGAUACAAUCAACGACAGUUUUAAGACCGUCGGUGGACGUUGAGGAGUCUCACCAGUACAACAACAACAACAACAACAACAACAACAACAACAACAACAACAUUAAGAAGAGUACGAUUGUUUACAGUAGUGUUGAUGUCAGUACUGAUGUUUCACUAACUACAGUCAGCGAUAAAUUCUUAUCUGUAGCGAUCGACGCCUUCAUGAUUCGUAAACAUUGGGUCUAUCACGCACUUAACUUCAGUUCACCACGACUGCUGACAUUAGCACGAGGACUUCAACCAUGUCAUCUGCGGGUUAGUGGCACUGCUGCCGACUUCUUAUAUUUCAACGAAAGCGUACCACCACCAAGCGGUGCAAAGUAUGAAGACGGAGGGCCAUUCACGAUGACAGUGGAUGACUGGGAUGUCAUCAAUGAAUUUGCCAAUAAAGUCGGCUGGAGUAUGAUAUUUGGUUUGAAUGUAUUAAUACGUAAAGGCGAUGAAUGGGAUCCAACCAACGCUAUUAAGCUAUUCAACUAUACAUUAGAGAAAGGAUAUAAAGUCAACUGGGAACUAGGAAACGAACCAAAUCUUUUCCCGGAUAAAGCAAACACCAGUAUUGAACCAUCGCAACUUGCAAAGGAUUUUAUUACCUUGCGUAAAUAUCUAAAUAGUAGAAAGGAAUUCAAGUCGAAUCUUCUCUUUGGUCCCGACGUCACCAAACCAUCGGCAUCAUCAAUUUCGCUAGAAUAUCUAAAGGGAUUUCUGAAGUCAAUAGGCGAUGCAACCAAUUCCACGACGUUCCACCAGUAUUAUCUGUGUUCAAAACCUCCAACUCCAGAAAGUUUCACCGACGUAGGCAACCUCAAUGUCUUCGUGAAACAAGUUGAGCAAGUUCGAGAUGCUGUCACGCAAUACCUACCUGAGAGAAGAACUAUAUGGCUAGGAGAAACUGGUUCAACAUGUUCAGUUGGUUCCUCCGAUUUAUCGAAAACUUACGUUGCAGGGUUCAUGUGGCUCGAUAAACUCGGCGUGGCAGCAAAGUAUGGUCUGCAGGUGGUUAUAAGACAAAACUUCUUUGGAGGACACUUGGGAUUGAUAGAUGAUGAUGUCAUUCCUUUACCGGAUUACUGGUUGUCUGUUUUGUACAAACGUCUAGUGGGACAACGAGUUCUAUCGGUUAAACUUACGAGUAAACAGUCUAAACAGAAUGACGACAAUACACUCCGGGCAUAUGCACACUGCACUAACACAAAUGGAACAACAUACCCACCAGGAUCUGUCACCGUGUAUAUUCUAUCAGUAAACAACAAUCAGUCUACAAUAGUGUCUCUUAGUGCUGGAUCACUCCGCCUUGGUGUAGAUCAAUAUUUAUUGACAUACCCACCUGCAGAGGGCGUUACAUCCAGUCAUGUGGAAUUGAAUGGAAAGAAACUGAAAAUGGUGGAUGAUCACACCUUGCCCGAUUUCCCACCUCAAACGAUCGCAGCUGGAUCUCCUAUCAACAUGCCACCUCUGUCAUUUGGAUUUUACGUUAUACCUGGAGCCAUGGCUGAUGCAUGCAUGUAG